AGAGAGAGAGAGAGAGUGCUUGAUGAACAUGCGGUACGCUACACGAGCUGCUGCUGCAGUAGGGGUCUUUGCGGCGUCGUCGGGGUCCAUCGUCAGGGAGGCCUUCCUAGCCCCACCCUUGUUCCACCCAGCGGCGGUGCGCCACGGCAGCAGCAGCAGCAGCAAAGACAACAAGUUGACGUUCGCCUCCUCGACGGCUGCCGGUAGGCCCACCACAACCCCUCCGCCAAGAUGUCGACGGAGCCAUGGGCUGGUGAGGUGCGCUGCAGCCUCUCCAUUGAGACCAACGCCGACGCUGUCUGCUGCACGGCGGCGCUCAGGACACCGCAGACCUCGCGAUCCCACCGUAACGGCCAUGUCUGCCGCAGCCGACGAGGGGGAUGGCAGCGUCUUGGGGCCACUGCGUCCUCUGAGCCCAACUGAAGAUGGGGGCGAUGUGUUUAAUCCCAAUCCGCUGGCGCGGAACGACCCAGAGCGCGCGAGGGUGAACAACCUCAUCACUAUCUUGGCGGGGACACCGAUGGCGGAGUGGAAGCCGGCUGUGAUCGACGAGUACAUGGAGAGCUUGCUCAAGCGAGGCAUCUUCCGGCAGACCAUGGACGAGCGGCUGGCGAAAGUGCGAAGCGGGGAGGAACGGGAGGCGCUCGCCCGAGUGGAUUCCUACAUGACGGGCUUUCUAGGGCACGAGUGGCGUAAGGCUUCUCGAAAGAAGGUGUCGGUAAUUUUAAGUGCCGCAGCGGAAGGCCCGAUGGAGUUGGAUGACUGCGUCCAGACUUUGGGCAAGGCGGAUCUUCUCGACAGCGACCUUACGGAAUACGUGGCCAGCUUGAUCACAGCUGAGGAGCGAAAAUGCGUUAAGUCGGUGCUGCUGAAGGUCCUCAAGACUGUUCGGGAUCGGAUCCAGGCCGAAUUGAGAAUGGGGGCACGACCGGAGAUCCGCACUCUAGCGCGAGCGCUGGCCAUUAAGGACGGUGCGCAGCGGAAGGAGUUCCUGCUGCACGCCUUCCCCAAGCUCGAGGAGCUGGACGAGUUUGUCAAGUUCGUGGAGGAAGGGAUUGACUUCCUGGGGGAUGAUUUCGGUUUCGCGGUGCGGACGAACAUGCCGCAGGAGCACUUCGACAAGAUGAAGGCGAUCUACGCUGAGGCCUCGGCCAUGCGGAGGAUGUACUUGCAGUGAUUGAUGGUGGUGGCGUGUUUUCAUCGGGGACGCGUUUUGGACGGCUUGUUUUGAGACGGCGUGUUAGAACGGAGUGAUGUCCCUCCAAGCUCGAUGAAUGUGGGGAAUCGACUACUAUGCAGCCAGUCGUUUUCAUUCCAUAGUCAAGGAAUAUUGGGGAUCAUUUCUAUGCGAACGGUUUUAAGUGAGUUCUUAAGGGCAGCGUGUAUCGUGAUAUUGUAUGGGUACGCCAGACGCCGGGAACAGGCGAAGAAGUUGCAAAUGGCCAACAGGCGCAGGGAGUGGCACUCUCGUACGUAUGUGUGCAUGGUUCGUUAAAAAAUCGGUUGCGGAGCAACCAACAGGCAGAGUCUCGUGUACUUUCC